UCUUCCGAGUCCUUCUUCCAGCCCCUGUUGGCGCGCCUGGGUCUUAUGUCACCAGACUGACAGGCCGAGGCCUCUGAAGUCUUUAUGUGGAGGCCAGCCCCCUUUCCUAGGGACGGGGGGCGACAGUCACUGGGUUAAACAGGAAGAUUCUGGGGCCCAUCCUCGUAGAUCCUGAUUCAGAAGACUUAUUUAGUCAUUCAACAAAUAGUUAUUGAGCCCUUAAGGUAUGCCAGGCACUAUUUUGAGUGCUGAGGAUUCAGCAAUGGACCAAACACAGAUCAACAUCUGGGGUUUCGCUGCUCCUUUCCUCUUCUGUCGCUUCUCAUACCCUUGUCUGCAUUGCUGAGCUCAGUCGUAUCACUCUUUCUCUUUCUCGAAAAGGCUUACCCUACCUCAGGGACUUUGCACUUCUCAGUCCCUCUGCCCGGACUGCCUUGUAUGGCUGCCUUCUCUCAUCAUUCAGGACCAGCUUAAAUGACACCCAGAGAGUCCUUCCCUCUCCACCCUUAUCUGAAGUAACCUCCCUUCAGAAGCAUUCACUUAGCACGAUUGCAUUAACCUCAUAGCACUUACCAAUAUUUGAAAUUAUUUCAUUUAUUUGUUUACAUGUAUCUGUCUUCCUCCACUACAAUUUAAGUGCCAUAAGAGCAGACUCCUUGCUUGCCUUAUUUAUUGCAGCAUCACUAUGGCUUAGUGUAAGGCCUGGCAUUUGUUCAUUCACUCAUUCAGUAAAUAUUUAUAGGUGCCAACUCCACGCCAGGAGCAGUUCUAAGAUCUGGAGAGAUAGCACUAAACAAAGAAAAGACACAACUUCCUGCCCUCAUGGAAUUUACAAUUUGGAGGAUGAGUGGAUGGGCAUGGGGAUGCAGGGAAACCGAUGAGGAGGCUGCUGUGAUGAUUCGAGCCAGAGAUGACUGUGACUCAGACCAGGGCGCUGACCAUGGAGGUGGUGAGAAGUAGGCAAAUUCUAGAUACAUUUUACAGGUAGAGUGGCACAAUCAGAUAAGAAGUAUAAGAGAGAAAAAUUGAGGAUGAAUCCAAAGAGCUGGGCCUGAACACCUGGAAAGAUAGAGUUGCCAUCACCUGAGAUGAGGAAGACUUUGGGAAAGUGGGUUGAACUGUCAGGAGCUAGGUCUUCUACAAGUUACAUUUAAACGUUAUUAGACAUCAAAUAGAGGUGUGGCGGAGACAUGUAGAUGGGCAAGUCUGCGGUUCAGGGAAGAUAUGCCUUGGAAGAAGUACGGCCAGAAUGCUCCUUAGAAGCAAGGAUGGUGAAACUAUGUCUCACAUACUUUGGACAUGUUAUCAAGAGGGACCAGUCCUUGGAGAAGGACAUCAUGCUUGGUAAAGGGUCAGCAAAAGAGAGGAAUACCCUCAACAAGCUGGAUUGACAUGGUGGCUACAGCAGUGGGCUCAAGCAUAGUGACAGUGUGAGGAUGGCACAGGACCGGGAGUGUUUUGUUCUUUUGUACAUAGGGUUGCUAUGAGUUGAAACCAACUCGAGGGCACCUAACGAUGACAACAUUGUGGCCAGAGUUGGAAGUCAUCAGUGUAGGGGGCCACAGAGAUUGAGCUCCUGGGCUCUGUUAUCAUUAGAACAGUCUGGUGGUGAAGAAGCAGCAGAGGAGAAUGAAAGGAAUCACUAGGGAGGUGAGGGGUUGGGACAGUGCAUGGUUCUGAGAGCCACACAGGAAAGGCAGGAGGAGAGACGAAAAGUGACAAGUGUCCUGAGGAGUGAGGACUGCCUGUUGGGGUCGGCAGCAUGGUGACCUUAGCAGGUAGGGAGGAGCGGAGAGAGAAUAGGAGGGAACACAGCGAGUCCAGACAGCUCUAUACUAGAAAAGCCAGCAAAGAGAAAAGGUGGUAGCUGGAAGAGGUGGUUUUGUUUUUUGUUUUUUUUAAUGAUGGAAGAGAUAAUAACUAUAUUCGUUAAUGAUUCAAUGGAGGGAAAAUUUGAUGUUGCAGGAGAGAGAGGAGAUGGGAUCCAGGGCACAAGGGAACAAGUUGCUUUUGAGGGGAGCACAGACAUUCUUCCAUAGCAAAGGAAGGAAGGUCAGGUUCACACUCCUGGGGAUAUGGGACGCAGAAAGUCAAAACGGAAGCCACCCCCCAAGAAGAAGAUGACAGGCACCCUAGAGACGCAGUUCACCUGCCCCUUCUGCAACCACGAGAAGUCUUGUGACGUGAAAAUGGACCGUGCCCGCAACACUGGAGUCAUCUCUUGUACUGUGUGCCUAGAGGAAUUCCAGACGCCCAUCACAUAUCUCUCAGAACCAGUGGACGUAUACAGCGAUUGGAUAGAUGCCUGUGAGGCGGCCAACCAAUAGCAGCACAGAAGACCCACCCCUCGCACCCGCCCACCGUGUACCAAGCCAGAGACAUUCCAGGGGUGCAGGGUGUGGGUCCAGGGCUGUCCCGGCCCUCUGUGGGCGUGGGUUGAUUGUGUGUGGCUGCAAGCGUGUGUGACUGCAAGUGUGUGUGACAGUGCCCAUGAGUGUGUGUGUGCUAGUGGACACAGGGUGGAGUUGAGUCCUUGCUGGGGCUGAGGGGCCUGAACUGGCCUCACCUGGCUCACAAGCCUUUGGCUUGCUGCCUUCUCCUGGUCCUUGACCCUCCCUGGCUUUGGGGCCUUGGCUCCUCCUUCUGACAUCCCUGGGUGCGGGCAGAUCCAGCAGAGGCUGCGGCGGGGACUUCUCCAGCCUCUCCUCGCCCACCUCACCAGCACCUUGCCCAUUUUAACUGGACUUUCCACCUUCCUUCCUUGCCUUCCAAUGCCUGAAGCCUGGGAUUUGAAGCCACAGUCUCGAAGGCCCCGUGGCUCCUCCCUGGCAGGGCCUGGACUACCCAUGUUAACCCGAAGGCUCUGUUUCAUGUUUAGUUGCUUUUGUAGAGGAAGAAGGGGCUGGGUUGGGAACAACUAUCAGUCACAAGUCCUUAAAUAAAGUUGCUGGUGCCAGA